GGGGUUCUAUACAGCCUUCCUGGGUGCUGCCUAAAACUGAAAUGCGAUGCUUCAGCCACGGGGAUCGGGUGGCAUUUCGGAGAAGCGACCGGAGCUUUGCUUUUUUUUGGGGGGGGGGGUGAAUGUUUGGUCCGUGUGAAGUGUAUUUCUGGAUCGUAGGAUCAAUGUGGUCACAGCGGCUUCUUGUUCAAGAGGCAGCAGAUAACGGUUAGCUUUCUCGAGCUUCCGAGAGCUUCCCAGAGCUUCCGAGAGCUUCCCAGAGCUUCCGAGAGCUUCCCAGAGCUUCCGAGAGCUUCCGAGAGCUUCCGAGAGCUUCCCAGAGCUUCCCAGAGCUUCCUAGAGCUUCCCAGAGCUUCCUAGAGCUUCCCAGAGCUUCCGAGAGCUUCCCAGAGCUUCCCAGAGCUUCCGAGAGCUUCCGAGAGCUUCCCAGAGCUUCCGAGAGCUUCCCAGAGCUUCCCAGAGCUUCCGAGAGCUUCCCAGAGCUUCCUAGAGCUUCCGAGAGCUUUCUAGAGCUUCCUAGAGCUUUCUCUCCUCUUUCUCCAUUUCUGAAUUGGGGGCCAUUUUCUUUCUAGCUGCCAACCCCCCCCCCCCCCCCCCCCCCCCCCCCCCCCCACUAUGUAGACAAAGGUACGUGGACAACCCUUUUCAAACUAGUGGAUUAUAUUUCAGCCACAUCCGUUUAUACAGGUGUAUACAAUCAUGGACUCUACAAGACGUAUACAGGGGUCACGUUCCCCCCAGGGAAGUUUAUACAGGGGUCACGUUCCCCCCAGGGAAGUUUAUACAGGGGUCACGUUCCCCCCAGGGAAGUUUAUACAGGUGUAUACAAUCAUGGACUCUACAAGACUCCGAAAGCCUUCCCUCAGGGACGCUGGCCCACUGUGGCAUUAUAUAACAAUAAUAACUAAAGACAGUUUUAUCCAAUGGGAUUUAGGGACGCUGGCCCACUGUGGCAUUAUAUAACAAUAAUACCUAAAGACAGUUUUAUCCAAUGGGAUUUAGGGACGCUGGCCCACUGUGGCAUUAUAUAACAAUAAUAACUAAAGACAGUUUUAUCCAAUGGGAUUUAGGGACGCUGGCCCACUGUGGCAUUAUAUAACAAUAAUACCUAAAGACAGUUUUAUCCAAUGGGAUUUAGUCAUGUGUUCACACUGGCCUCAUCAACUAGUGAUGUUAAUCUGUGUUGUAUCAGGUGGAUCCAGACACUGGCCUCAUCAACUAGUGAUGUUAAUCUGUGUUGUAUCAGGUGGAUCCAGACACUGGCCUCAUCAACUAGUGAUGUUAAUCUGUGUUGUAUCAGGUGGAUCCAGACACUGGCCUCAUCAACUAGUGAUGUUAAUCUGUGUUGUAUCAGGUGGAUCCAGACACUGGCCUCAUCAACUAGUGAUGUUAAUCUGUGUUGUAUCAGGUGGAUCCAGACACUGGCCUCAUCAACUAGUGAUGUUAAUCUGUGUUGUAUCAGGUUGGAUCCAGACACUGGCCUCAUCAACUAGUGACGUUAAUCUGUGUUGUAUCAGGUGGAUCCGGACACUGGCCUCGUCAACUAGUGAUGUUAAUCUGUGUUGUAUCAGGUGGAUCCAGACACUGGCCUCAUCAACUAGUGAUGUUAAUCUGUGUUGUAUCAGGUGGAUCCGGACACUGGCCUCAUCAACUAGUGAUGUUAAUCUGUGUUGUAUCAGGUGGAUCCGGACACUGGCCUCAUCAACUAGUGAUGUUAAUCUGUGUUGUAUCAGGUGGAUCCGGACACUGGCCUCAUCAACUAGUGAUGUUAAUCUGUGUUGUAUCAGGUGGAUCCAGACACUGGCCUCAUCAACUAGUGAUGUUAAUCUGUGUUGUAUCAGGUGGAUCCAGACACUGGCCUCAUCAACUAGUGAUGUUAAUCUGUGUUGUAUCAGGUGGAUCCAGACACUGGCCUCAUCAACUAGUGACGUUAAUCUGUGUUGUAUCAGGUGGAUCCAGACACUGGCCUCAUCAACUAGUGAUGUUAAUCUGUGUUGUAUCAGGUGGAUCCAGACACUGGCCUCGUCAACUAGUGAUGUUAAUCUGUGUUGUAUCAGGUGGAUCCAGACACUGGCCUCGUCAACUAGUGAUGUUAAUCUGUGUUGUAUCAGGUGGAUCCAGACACUGGCCUCGUCAACUAGUGAUGUUAAUCUGUGUUGUAUCAGGUGGAUCCAGACACUGGCCUCAUCAACUAGUGAUGUUAAUCUGUGUUGUAUCAGGUGGAUCCAGACACUGGCCUCAUCAACUAGUGAUGUUAAUCUGUGUUGUAUCAGGUGGAUCCAGACACUGGCCUCAUCAACUAGUGAUGUUAAUCUGUGUUGUAUCAGGUGGAUCCAGACACUGGCCUCAUCAACUAGUGACGUUAAUCUGUGUUGUAUCAGGUGGAUCCAGACACUGGCCUCAUCAACUAGUGACGUUAAUCUGUGUUGUAUCAGGUGGAUCCAGACACUGGCCUCAUCAACUAGUGACGUUAAUCUGUGUUGUAUCAGGUGGAUCCAGACACUGGCCUCAUCAACUAGUGAUGUUAAUCUGUGUUGUAUCAGGUGGAUCCAGACACUGGCCUCAUCAACUAGUGACGUUAAUCUGUGUUGUAUCAGGUGGAUCCAGACACUGGCCUCAUCAACUAGUGACGUUAAUCUGUGUUGUAUCAGGUGGAUCCAGACACUGGCCUCAUCAACUAGUGACGUUAAUCUGUGUUGUAUCAGGUGGAUCCAGACACUGGCCUCAUCAACUAGUGAUGUUAAUCUGUGUUGUAUCAGGUGGAUCCAGACACUGGCCUCAUCAACUAGUGAUGUUAAUCUGUGUUGUAUCAGGUGAAUCCAGACACUGGCCUCAUCAACUAGUGAUGUUAAUCUGUGUUGUAUCAGGUGGAUCCAGACACUGGCCUCAUCAACUAGUGAUGUUAAUCUGUGUUGUAUCAGGUGGAUCCAGACACUGGCCUCAUCAACUAGUGAUGUUAAUCUGUGUUGUAUCAGGUGGAUCCAGACACUGGCCUCAUCAACUAGUGAUGUUAAUCUGUGUUGUAUCAGGUGGAUCCAGACACUGGCCUCAUCAACUAGUGAUGUUAAUCUGUGUUGUAUCAGGUGGAUCCAGACACUGGCCUCAUCAACUAGUGAUGUUAAUCUGUGUUGUAUCAGGUGGAUCCGGACACUGGCCUCAUCAACUAGUGAUGUUAAUCUGUGUUGUAUCAGGUGGAUCCAGACACUGGCCUCAUCAACUAGUGAUGUUAAUCUGUGUUGUAUCAGGUGGAUCCAGACACUGGCCUCAUCAACUAGUGAUGUUAAUCUGUGUUGUAUCGGGUGGAUCCAGACACUGGCCUCAUCAACUAGUGAUGUUAAUCUGUGUCGUAUCAGGUGGAUCCAGACACUGGCCUCAUCAACUAGUGAUGUUAAUCUGUGUUGUAUCAGGUGAAUCCAGACACUGGCCUCAUCAACUAGUGAUGUUAAUCUGUGUCGUAUCAGGUGAAUCCAGACACUGGCCUCAUCAACUAGUGAUGUUAAUCUGUGUUGUAUCAGGUGGAUCCGGACACUGGCCUCAUCAACUAGUGAUGUUAAUCUGUGUUGUAUCAGGUGGAUCCAGACACUGGCCUCAUCAACUAGUGAUGUUAAUCUGUGUUGUAUCAGGUGGAUCCAGACACUGGCCUCAUCAACUAGUGAUGUUAAUCUGUGUUGUAUCAGGUGGAUCCAGACACUGGCCUCAUCAACUAGUGAUGUUAAUCUGUGUUGUAUCAGGUGGAUCCAGACACUGGCCUCAUCAACUACGACCGACUGGAGGAGAACGCCCGGCUUUUCCACCCUAGACUGAUCA